GGGGGGCUCCGGGAGACCUCAGAGUCGCGAGUCGGGGCUGGGAUUUCGCAGGGAAAGCCCAGCGCCCGCUUGCAGCGGCGGCCGAUCCCUGGGCACCGCCGCGGCCGCCGGGGCGGACGGGUCGCUCCGCAAAGUCCUUCGCGGGGCCGAGAGGAGGCGGAGCGCCCCGCCAAGUGCCCGGGGAGCCUCGCGGGGAGCGGCCGGUGCACCCCCGUCCUGGAAGGAAAAGCGGGGGGGGAGAAGUGGACGCUCCGAAAGCGAGAAAUCAGACCGAAGCUGCCCCCCGGCCCCCGCCCCCCGAGACGCUAAGUUGCGCGGCCCAGCCGGGUCGCGGGGCGCACGGAACCGCCGCCGCGCCGCAGAGGCGCCGUCCGAGCGGCCCCGGGAGCCCCCCGGGCGCGGAGCCGGGGAGCGCGCGCGCGGCUCUGCCCCCCGCGCCGGGCAGCCCCCUCCGACCCCCGCCGGGAGCGAUGCCCCCCGCCCCCCGCGCGCCCCGGCGACGAGGCGAGCAUGGAGAAGUCGAGUAGCGAGGAUUCUUCCAUCCACCGGAGUCCAUCUUUGGACAGCAAGGACUCGGACUUCGCCAAGCCGUCCACCUCGGGCCGCCCGUUCGGCCGCGGCUUCACGGCCGGCGCCUUCUACGGCACGGCGGGCCCCCGGGGCCCCGGCCGCGCCCCGGCGAGCGUCAAGACGGACAAGUACCAUGCGCCCCGCGGCAGCAAGUACGUGGUGUUUUACCUGGACCUGUCCUUUGUUUUCCUCCUAGAAUUUAAGAAGUGCAACAUGGCCCGGGGCUGCCUGUGCUGCGUGAAGUACAUGAUGUUCCUCUUCAAUCUGAUAUUCUGGCUCUGCGGCUGUGGUCUGCUGGGCGUGGGCAUCUGGCUGUCCGUGUCCCAGGGCGACUUCGCCACCUUCUCCCCCAGCUUCCCGUCGCUGUCCGCGGCCAACCUGGUCAUCGCCGUGGGCACCAUCGUCAUGGUGACCGGCUUCCUGGGCUGCCUGGGGGCCAUCAAGGAAAACAAGUGCCUCCUCCUCAGUUUUUUCAUUGUCCUGUUGGUCAUCCUUCUGGCGGAGCUGAUCUUACUGAUCCUCUUCUUCGUCUACAUGGACAAGGUGAACGAGAACGCCAGGAAGGACCUGAAGGAGGGGCUGCUGCUGUACAACACGGAGAACAACGUGGGGCUCAAGAACGCCUGGAACAUCAUCCAGGCAGAGAUGCGCUGCUGCGGCGUCACGGACUACACGGACUGGUACCCGGUGCUGGGCGACAACACGGUCCCCGACCGCUGCUGCAUGGAGAACUCGCAGGGCUGCGGGCGCAACGCCACCACGUCCUGGUGGAAGACGGGCUGCUAUGAGAAGGUGAAGAUGUGGUUUGAUGAGAAUAAGCACGUGCUCGGCACUGUGGGAAUGUGCAUCCUCAUUAUGCAGAUUCUGGGCAUGGCCUUCUCCAUGACCCUCUUCCAGCACAUACACCGGACGGGGAAGAAGUACGACGCCUGAGCGGGCGGCAGAGCCCGCAGCCCCCUGGGGACUCAGUGCCAGGGAAGAUUGGAGCUUUGUGUCGCCUGCCUGGACUCUUCGGACUGCUGCCCCCAACUUCCGCCUCGCCCCACCUCCACCUUGCUGGGUGGGGGGGAGGGGGCGGGGGGCCAGGGAGGAGGAGGCCUGCAGAGACCUUGGGGUGCCCGGCAAGGGACACCUGGAUUCCUGCGCCUGUGUAUUUGCCAAAGAAGACAGGGUGUGGCGGAGUGGGGGGCUGCCCCCGUAGCCCCCCGAGCACCCAUGCGUUUCUGCCCCGGUCUUUCCUUACACUGAUGUUUAGUCCCUUUGUGGGGUGUGAAGUGGGCCCCCCUCACGCCCCUCCCCCAGGGGAGAGACCGCCUUGGAGGCCCCCUGGAGGCAGAGGGGGCGCUGGUGGGCCUCCAGCAAGACCCCCCCCCCAGGAUUUUAUACCUUCCAGCGUCACUUUUUUAAAAUUUUAUUUUACUCCGAUUAUGAUUAUUCAGGACUGUUCUCUCUCCCGUAACUUAGGGGUAGCUUUCUGAUUUAUACCUUUUUACCGUGUUGAUUUCUGUAAUGGUUUGGUUUAUCUUAUUUUUUCCUUUUGAGGGUGGGGAUGGGUGGGAAGUGAGGACCCCCAUGGGAGGGGGUGAUGAGAAACCCGGAAGGCUCUGAGGUGGGGGAGGGGGCGGGCAGUGGCUGGGGACUCAAGUGGGCAUCUGGGGCACAGGGGCCUGGAAGAGGCAGGUGGGCUUUGGGGGACACAGAGUCUGUGGAGCUGCCUCCUCAAGGGGGUCCCACAUGGCUGGAGCGUGCAGGUGGGGGGCAAGGAGGCGUCUGCCCUAUGCUUUGGCAGGGCCCGACCAUUGUCCUCAUGGUCUUUUUGUCCUUGCUGUCCAGUUUCCUUCCUUCCCUUCUGCCCUCGGCUGCCCCCUCAGACCCCAGGGGCAGUCAACGGUCCCUGCAAAAGCCCCGAGACUUCACAGACAUUCCUUCUAGAAGCUCCCAGACACGGGGCCUCUUUGGGUAGACGCUGCUCUCUGGUUCUUGGAGCUUCUGGAAGGGGGAGCAGACCCUGGAGUCCGUGGCUCACACAGUGACCGAGGACCCGGGGCCGUGGGGGCGGGAAGGCGGAGCUGGUGAUGUGACCAUUCCGACCAGAUCCUUGCUGAGAGGAGGGGCGGGGGCCCAGGUCAUCGUCCGGGUUCAUUGAUGAUGGAUGGGCAGGAUGAGCUCAGGAGAGGGCAGAGGGCAGAGGGAAGUGAAGGUCCCCAGGUGGGCAGUGUGGCAGGGCCCGGUGGGACCCCACUGCACACUCACCAGCACCCGCCCUGGAUGAGUGUCAUUGCGAUUGACAAUGAUGUCGGGAAUCCAUGAGACUGAGCGGGAGAAGGUUGCCCACCUGCCUUCCCUCUCACCACUGGGUGUGGGGUCCCCGCCCCAGCCUGCAUCUGUGUGUCCAUCCCCAGAGCUGAGACCCCCGUGUCCAGCCCUGUUCACCUCAGUGAACUGCAGCUGGGACCAGCAGUAGAGAAGGUCUUGAUGUGGGGGUGCUGGGAGGGUUAGACGGGGGUGCCUCAGAGUCAAAAGCUGAGGAGCUGGGGGUGGUGAUGGAUACACCAGCCCCCACUGGCUCCUCUAACCCCUUUUGUCUCCCUGGGAACCACCACCCACAAAGUGGGGAGCAGAGCAGCGACCGUUUCGCAGAGAAACUGCCCAAGAGAUGCCAUCUCCGUCCCCCAGCGGAAGCCCAGGACCUAAGGCGUGUGCGCUUGGGGCGGGGGCUGAUGUGUUUAUACCCAUCAAUGCAAUUUCUCGUUUCCCUUCUGAUCAACCACGAGCACCUAGCUUCUUGAGGUGCAUAACUUGUGUUUCCAGAGCGUCAGGGACCUCGGGUCCUUGGAGCCUGUGCCCCUGUCACCCUGCACCGCCUCCACUGAUGCCAGAGCUUAGUCCGUAGAGCCAGAUGCCCCAAAAGCCAUUGGGCGGAGUGGGGAAGGGUGCCUGCACGGUGUGGGCGGGGUCUCCCAAGCCACACCCACAAUGAGCCACGCCCCCGUCCGUGCCACGCCCACCCACAAAGCCACGCCCACCACACCCAGGCCUUGCCGAGCCACAUCCCACGCGCUCCCCGCGUGCUCUCCCGCCAGGAUCUCUUAGGGGGAAGGGGUAAGAGGGAGCUGCCGCAGCCCCUCUCUCGGGCUUCCCCCGCCGGGCUGCAGGCUCAAUCGAGGUCAGGCUUUUGUGGGCGAUCCCACGGGGAGGAACGGGGUGCAUCCUCGGCCCAUCCCGGUGAGGAGGGACUGCGGAGGGUCGGGACCCCGGUGAGGCCAGGGGGCCCAAGAAGCUGACCCACCGCACCGUCUGGCGCAGAUGUCCGAACGACCGCUCCCCCCCUCGCUCUGGGAGGCAGAGAGCCCAGGACGCCGCUGCCCCCUCCCCCGGCCCCGCCCACCCGCCAGCGGGGAGGUGCUAACGUGCAGGGACCUGGCACCUGGAGGGGCUUACGGGCAGGGGGCUCGGCCCGUCUCUGCCUCUGCCCUUCGCGGUCCGGCCCUUCUGUGUCCUCCUGCUUGCCCCCUGGGUGGGCAGCGAGGGGUUCCUGCCCUCCCCCCGCCCUGAGCAGGCCCCCCCAGGAGAGCGGGGGAGCAGGCGUGUGCGGGUGGGGCUCAGGUGCAUUUUCUGCUUGCAAAUGCCGUGUCUGCGCGUCCCCCACCUGGUCGGGCUCUCUCGAUCGCCAUGUUUUUAGCAUGUUUUUCAAUAAAAGGCUGGCCGCCGUGUCAGAAGCACAAGCA